CCGCAAUUUGCACAUGUCUCCGUCAUCUUCCCCGCCGCCUUACAUCCCUGCUUCCUCUAUCUUAAGUCUUUGAAUGGUACAGCAGCUUUGUCUAUGUAAAAUGGCUUUUGAUGCGCCAGCUAUGAUGCAUUAGUUUGUCACUAGUAAUCAAAGACAAUGACGCAUCCGUUACCCCUGACCCGCAAAAUCCGUGCGGCGCACGUGUGACGGGCAGCUACUUAUUCCUAGCAAAACCCAAGUUACGCAGCUCAAACGCAACCCGGUUAGAACCAACUACAUUCCAAACAAUCUCGUCCUUCGUGGCAGUAACGUAACUGCAAAUCGGUUCUCUUCUUUAAUUGUAACAAUCUCUCUUAGCUUCAUGGCGCAAGAAACUCAAGCGACUGAAUCUCCCGCUCCCGCUCCUACCGAGGUUCGCAAGUUCUGGAAGUACGAGCGUACUGGAUCUCCAGAGGCCGUCCUGGAAAAGGGUGAAGGACCUGUGCAAGAUGCAGACUCGCUGUCCCCUACUCAAGUUCUUGUGAAGGUCGCGUACACAAGCCUCAACCCUUUGGAUUACAAGGUGAUGAGAAUCCAUCGCAUCUUCGGUAAGGUCGCUAUGUCCUUCCCCGUCAUUCCGUGUGAAGAUUUCUCCGGAACGGUGCUUGCCGUUGGUAAGGAUGUGAAAGACCUUACUGUUGGCCAAAGAGUUUGGGGCGUCAAGGAUGUUCGUCAAUUGCUUUCUACACACGAAGGUGCACUCAGUACCCACCUCGUGUGCGACAGCAGCUUGACAAUUGGUCUUCCUGACACUGUAUCAUUGAAGGAGGCCGCUGGACUCGGUAUCGCCGGUAUGACUGCCUUCCAGGCUUUAACAGAGCAAAUGCACAUGAGACGCAACCAACGUCUUGUCGUUAUCGGCGGCUCUGGCGGUGUAGGAACAUUUGCCAUCCAAAUUGCCAGAGCCCUAGGCUGUGAAGUGACAACGGUAUCAUCCACGAGAAACUUGACCCUGUGUCACGAGUUGGGCGCCACAUACACAAUUGACUACACAACCGAAGAUGUUUUGGACAGACUCAACGACCUCGCUCCUUACGAUGCCGUCUUUGAUGCUGUUGGCGAAAAUUAUGAGUUGUAUAAGAACUCCUACAAGUUCCUCAAGUCUGAUGGUAGCUAUGUGGGUAUCGCCGCUGAUUUCAAGCUCUCCUACCUUUCGCUGAAGCUUUUGCGAGAUUUUCGUCCUAGAUUCUUAGGCGGUUCAGUGCACAAGUACACAGAUUUCACGUUGAAUGUCCAGCCUAAGCUGUUGAAGGAGUUCACCGACUUCUUUACAGAACACCACAUGAAGACGGUGGUGGACAGUGUACAUACGUUUGAUGAUGCCCUGGGCGCCUUUCAACAAUCCAUGUCUUCAAGAAGUCGUGGCAAGGUCAUCAUUAAGAUCAGUGACGAUGCCUAAAAAACAUCGUUUGAGGGGCCAGCCCUCGACGGCUCCCACAUCGCUUCUUGAAAUUUUUAAUGUUCAUAUGCUUCAUUCUUUCAGGCCUGUUUAAUUAACUGUUUAUCCUUUGCAGUAAUAGUUGAUGGUUUCAUGAAUAGUCGGUUGGUUGGACAAACUGGAGAGGGCUUUGUC